CUCAGUGUGCUUCCUUCAUCUGCACACACAACUGAAAAGGGAAGGAAUUAACAACUGUGAGCUUGCAUAAAACAACAGUGAAGAUGGGCAAGCGGCGGUUCUCAGGGUUGGAGGUGACCCUGAUGGUGCUGUUUGCUUUGGCGCUGGUGGUCGCUGUCGCAUUAAUCGUUGUACUGGCCACUGGGGAACCAGGGACGAUCAGAGAAGAUUCAGGAUCCGAUCCAGACAUCGUCCCAGAAUGUCCUGACAUUCCUCUAACAGACAGAGUGGACUGUUUUCCCGACGGCGGUGCAUCUCAGCAAAAAUGUUUGGAAAGAGCCUGUUGCUGGAGCCCCCUGGAUGAGACCAACGUCCCCUGGUGCUUCUUUUCCAAAAAUCACGGCUACACCGCGGACCGCGUAAGCAAUCCUGACAGCACACAUAUCGAGGCCAAGCUGACAAGAAUGAAUGCUCCUUCUCUGUUUGGAGCUGAUAUUAAGGAUUUGACCUUCCACGGUGAAAUGCAGACAGAAAACCGCUUUCGAUUUAAGAUCACUGAUGCAAAGCAAGCCAGGUUUGAAGUUCCUCAUGAAAACGUGAAAGCCCCUGCCAACCCUCCCACCGGACCCUUAAAAUACAAAGUAGAGAUCGUCCAGAAGCCCUUUGGAGUGAAAAUCUGGAGAACAACACCAGAAAAACUCCUGUUUGACACCACCAUUGGGCCACUGGUUUUUGCUGAUCAGUACCUUCAGCUCUCAGCUAAACUCCCCUCUCACAAUAUUUAUGGCCUCGGAGAGCACGUCCAUCAGACCUUCCGUCAUGACACCAACUGGAGGACCUGGCCUAUCUUCACAAGAGACUCUUUCCCCAACGGCGGCACACACAACCUGUAUGGCCACUACCCCUAUUUUACGUGUCUGGAAGAUGAGAGCGGUCAAUCCAUUGGCGUUUUCCUCAUGAACAGCAAUGCUAUGGAGGUGACUAUCCAGCCAGCUCCUGCUGUAACCUUCCGGACUAUUGGAGGGGUUUUGGACUUUUAUGUCCUGGUUGGAGACACACCGGAGGCAGUGGUGGACGAGUUCACCAAGCUGAUUGGCAGGCCUUUCAUCCCUCCAUACUGGUCUCUGGGCUUCCAGAUCUCUCGCUGGGACUACGGCAGCCUGGAUGCGGUCAAAGAAGUGGUGGAGAGAAACCGAAAUGCCAGCCUGCCAUACGACGUCCAGUACACUGACAUUGACUACAUGGAGGAAAAAAAGAUCUUUACCUAUGAUUUGGUGAAAUUUGCGGAUCUGCCCAACUUUGCUGACUACAUGCAUGAUAAAGGACAGAAAUACAUUGUCAUACUGGAUCCUGCCGUAUCCACAGGGCGCAGGUUAAACGGACCGUAUGACACAGUCGACAGGGGACAUGCAGCUAAAGUUUGGGUCACUGAAUCAGAUGGUGAAACGCCUCUAGUGGGAGAGGUCUGGCCAGGAGAAACCGUGUUCCCUGACUUCACUAAUGAGGCUUGCAUUAAGUGGUGGGUUGAUGAGAUUUCACGUUUCCACAAAGAAGUCAAGCACGAUGCUCUUUGGAUUGACAUGAACGAGAUCUCCAACUUUAUAAAGGGAAGUAACAAAGGCUGCGCUGACAACAAACUCAACUAUCCACCGUUCACCCCACGUAUCCUUGAUGACCUGAUGUACAGUAAGACCUUGUGUAUGGAUGCUAAACAGAAAUGGGGGAACCACUAUGAUGUCCACAGUCUUUAUGGCUACUCAAUGGUUCUGGCCACUGAGAGGGCAUCGAAAGAAGUGUUUGGGACCAACCGAUCCAUGGUCUUCACCCGCUCUUCAUUCCCCGGUGUGGGCAAAUAUUCUGGGCAUUGGUUGGGAGACAACGGCGCCAACUGGAAUGACAUUAAGUGGGCGAUACCUGGCAUGCUGGAGUUUAACCUCUUUGGCAUCCCUUACAUUGGUGCAGAUAUCUGUGGUUUCUUCGAUAACUCGACGGAGGAGCUUUGCAGACGUUGGAUGCAAGUUGGUGCAUUUUACCCCUUCAGCCGAAACCACAACGCACAAGGAUACGAAGACCAGGAUCCUGCGUCGUACGGCCUGGACUCUCUGCUGGUGAACACCUCCAGGCAUUACCUGAACAUCCGCUACAAGCUGCUGCCAUACCUGUACACACUGUUCUACAAGGCCCAUGUUAACGGAGAGACUGUAGUGCGUCCCCUGAUGCAUGAGUUCUAUUCUGACAGUCAAACAUGGGAUAUACACAAGCAGUUCAUGUGGGGAGCACAUCUCCUCAUCACACCUGUACUGGAUCCUGGUGUUCAUUAUGUGGAGGCCUAUAUUCCAGACGCCAUCUGGUAUGACUUUGAAAACGAAAUAAAGAUUACAGAACGGAAAGAGGGAGUUAAAAUGUACCUGCCUGAUGAUAAACUUGGUUUACAUCUGAGAGGAGGAGCCAUUCUACCUGUACAAAGACCAGACGUCACAACCACAUACAGUCGGCGUCAUCCCAUGGGGCUGAUCAUCGCUCUGGAUGACAACAAGUCUGCGUCAGGAGAGCUAUUUUGGGAUGACGGAGACUCUCGAGAUACUGUUUCAUCUGGAAAUCACAUUCAUUACCAGUUUUCAGUGACUGAUGGCUCCUUGACAAUGCAUGUCACAAAGAAUGGAUACUCAGAUCCAAACAACCUGAAGUUUGAGAACAUCACAAUUUUGGGAUUCAGCUCUGCUCCACCUUUUGUGCUGGUGUCAGACGGGACCACUAGUAACCCUUUGCCUCAGUCACAGAUUCAAUACGACUCUGUCAAGCAGGUGCUGAAUUUGAGGAAUCUGGAGCUGGAACUCGGGAAGUCAUACACUAUCAGCUGGGAGGCCAAAGCCGAAAGAAUCGACUGCUACCCGGAGGAGGGUGCCACUAAGGCUGAAUGUGAAGGACGUGGAUGCAUAUGGGAGCCUUUAGCUGUUCCCAUGUGUUAUUACUCAGAGAACCAUGGCUACAAAGCCAGCAACGUGGUUGAAAAUAUGUAUGGCAUCACUGCAGAUUUAGAGAUCAAUACAGCUUUCCCAAGUCAGCGUUCUCAGUCUCCAGACAUCAACAAGCUUCGCGUGGAAAUCACAUUCCAUGAUGAAAUCUGCCUACGGUGGAAGAUCUACGAUCCAGAAAAGGCCCGCUAUGAGGUCCCUGUUCCCCUCAACCUGCCAAACCCACCUCCGUUAUGGGGUGAGCAAACCUAUAAGGUGGAAAUCAACGAAGAGCCAUUUGGGAUCCGAGUGAUAAGAAAAGACACAUCAGAAGUUAUAUUUGAUUCGGUUCUGCCAGGCUUCAUCUUCUCAGAUCAGUUCAUCCAGAUCUCCACACGUCUCCCCACCGAAUAUGUCUAUGGUUUUGGUGAGACAGAGCAUCCCAGCUAUAAACAUGACCUCAACUUUCACACAUAUGGACUGUUUGCCAAAGACCAGCCUCCAGGGUACAAGCUGAACAGUUACGGAAUCCAUCCUUUCUACAUGGGCAUGGAGAAAAGUAAAAAGGCUCAUGGCAUCCUCCUGCUCAACAGCAAUGCCAUGGUUGAUUGGCCGUCCGGUUCUUCCAGCCUAUUGGUCGCUUGGAUUCCAGCUUUGUCGCUAUGGCUACGCCAACGAUUCGGAGAUCGCAGAUCUUUACAGAGACAUGAGAGCUGCUGAGAUCCCCUAUGACGUUCAGUAUGCAGAUAUUGACUAUAUGGAGAGGCAGAUGGACUUCACUCUGGACAAAACUAAUUUCCUGGGACUGCCUGCUCUGGUGGACCGCAUGAGGGGAGAGGGCAUGCGUUUCAUUUUCAUUCUGGACCCGGCUAUAGCAGCCAAUGAGACGACAGGGUCCUACGCUGCAUUUGACAGCGGGAUUGAAAAAGACGUUUUCAUCAAAUGGCCUCCUGCGCUCAGCAAUGACAUUGUGUGGGGAAAGGUUUGGCCUGACUAUCCCAAUAUCACCGUGGACAAUUCUUUGGACUGGGAUACUCAAGUAGAGCUCUUCAGGUCUUUCGUGGCGUUCCCAGAUUUCUUCAAGAACGGUACAGCUGAGUGGUGGGCGGAUCAGAUUAAAGACUAUUACGACAACGUCAUGAAGUUUGACGGGCUUUGGAUUGACAUGAAUGAGCCAGCCAGUUUCGUGCACGGCACUGUUGGAGGAAAAUGUCUAGGGGAUCCCCUUCUGGAAAAUCCUCCAUACAUGCCACCACUGGAGUCCAAGGAAAAAGGUCUGAACCAUAAGACUUUAUGCAUGAACAGCGAGCAGAUCCUUGCUGAUGGCACGCGCGUCAGACAUUAUGACGUUCACAACUUGUACGGCUUAUCUCACACCAAACCCACCUACGAUGCUUUGCAUAGUACCACCGGAAAGAGAGGAGUUAUAAUUACCCGCUCAACAUACCCAACGAGUGGACGCUGGGCUGGACAUUGGCUGGGAGACAACUACUCUGCCUGGGACCAGCUCCUCAAGUCCAUCAUAGGCAUGAUGGAGUUCAGCAUAUUCGGCGUCUCUUACACUGGUGCCGAUAUCUGUGGCUUCUUUAACCCUGCCCAAAAGGAGAUGUGUCUGCGCUGGAUGCAGCUCGGAGCUUUCUAUCCCUUCUCCAGAAACCACAACACCAUAAACAUGCCAAGACAAGACCCAGUGGCCUGGGGACCAGAGUUUGCCAAUAUGUCUCGUGAUGUGCUGAAUAUCCGCUACACCCUCCUGCCAUACUUGUACACCCUGAUGUAUGAAGCCCACACCAAGGGGACCACUGUGGUCAGACCAAUGCUGCACGAGUUUGUCAAUGAUGAAAAGACAUGGGACAUUGAUAGGCAGUUCCUCUGGGGUUCUGCUCUUCUGAUCACACCUGCUUUGGAAGAGGGCGUCACUGUGGUCAAGGGAUACCUGCCAAAAACCCGCUGGUACGAUUACCACACGAAUGAAGUUGUGGAAGGGCAAGGACAGUUUGUGGAUAUGGACACACCUUUAGACAAAAUUAACCUGCAUGUGAGAGGACGAUACAUCAUUCCCUAUCAGAAUCCAGAGAGAAACACACAACUAAGUCGUAAGAAUCCUAUGAACCUGCUUGUUGCUCUGGAUGGAUCAGGUUAUGCAACUGGUAACCUGUUUUGGGAUGACGGAGAAGGAAUUGAUACCCUUAAGAAUAGAAAAUACAUCUAUAAACAAUUCUCUGCAUCGAGGGGUUCCCUUUCGGGUGUCCGUGAAACUGGGCUGGAGGAGGCCGACAGACCUUUACUGGGCGAAGUGAAGGUGUUGGGCGUAUCAUCAUCCGUCACGGAGGUCACCAUUACUGUAACUGGGGGCAGUACAACACCUUUGACUUUCGAUUAUUACCCUGAGACUCAGGUGUUGAUUAUUCAUGUAACACCGCAGAAAUUCAAAAUUGAUGAGUAUUUCAACAUUGUCUGGAAAUAGACAUGGACCCACAUCUGCAGAAACCAGCCAAGACAAUCCACAGCAAUCACUAUCUCCAUUUUAUUUAUGAAUGUUUGGUCUCCCAUUAAUUUAUUCAUCAUUUCCCCUGAGAGCUUCAUACCUUAAAUAAUGUCUGAUUUAAAAAUGCACAAUCGUUUCCUCUAAAGUAAAGUUUAUGUUAUGUAUAUUAGUGUCUGUGCACGUCUUUAGGCCAAACUUGGAAAGCUAAAUCUCUAAUGCCGGCGUUUGGGGAAGCGGGAAUAUAAUGAUAACCCCUAAUUAUCGACAAUCACAGCUUUUUAACGAGAAACCCUCUCAGCGGCGACUACCUGCCGGGCUGGCUUCACACACGGCUACAUUUUGAUGUAAUGAUACAACAAUCAAUUAUUCAUUCUACAGUAAACAUAAUGAUAUCAAUUAAACGACGGAGACUGUAAAUUGAUUUCUGCUCUAAUUGGCAAUCAUGGCGAGCCGCAGACACGGGGAGGGGGCGGCCUUCGAUAUUUAGACGCUUGCUGAAAAACAAUGAUAAUUGAGCACCUUUUUGUUUUUCCUUUUUUUAUCUCUGAGUGUGAAGCAGAAUAGAGCUGAGACUGUAAUUAUUUGGGUUUUCUGACAUGUGAAAGGGGUUUAUGCAGAGCUUGUAUUUAAUUAGCAAACAACAGCGAUCUUGAUUUCUGGGGUUAUUUUAUACAAGAAUGUGUAACUUUUGAAACUUCUGUGCUGUAAAAAGCACUCAAAAAUGACUUUUGCUGCUUGUUCAAACUACUUUUAAAAUAAAUUAAAUAAGUUAAAAUAA